AUGACAACAUUCAUUCCUCAAAACAAUCAUCUCGAAGAACACGCGGCUGCAAUUAGCGCACUAGCCACGAAUAUACAGGCGGGGGAGCUAUACCGAAAUAUGUCAUUCACUCGUCUCAUACCAUCUAUUCAAAGUAGUAUAUCACCUCAGAAUCACCAGUUGACAUCUCUGCUGCAGCGUUUACUAGCAACCGCCGCGUUCCUUCGCCAGUAUGUAGAUGGGCCUGUAGAAUACCCCGUUAAAGCAGAGGCGAAAGACAUGAGUUUUGUUCUCUUUCAUCAAGCCCAUUCAGUUAUUCCGAAUUCUUCUGCCGAGGGAAAAUGUGUAGUAGUUCUGAGUUUGCAGUUUUCAAGAACCGUCACGAGCCCACAAAUGUUUAUUAGCCUCACCUUUGUACCACUGUCGCUGGUUCGAGAAAUUGAACCAAUGAAUAUUCACGGCGAUACUGAUUAUGACAUUCAGUUGAUAUUUUCUGAUCUGCCUUAUCUAGAAGAAGCAUGCGGCCCUGUCUUUGAAGCAAGUGCAGUCGUGAUUGUGAGACGUGAUAUUGGGGAGUGGCUGAGGAUGGCAAGAGCACAAGGAAAGUUUGAAGACAUGGCAUUAGAGAUCGUGAGGGGUCCAACGAGGGCCUUCGACGAAACUGGAGAGUGCUGGGUAAUUUCGUUAGUUUUAUUAUAG